AUGAAGGAGAGAGUGGGUUUAGCGACGCCCGGAUGCAUCAAUUUUCGCUUCUUGGAUAGUUCGCGGUGGGCUGCUGCUGCUGCAACGGCGCUGCUUUUCGUUGGGUCGCUGCAAGCGAAGAGCGCUUUCAGUUCUCCCACAGUCACGAGUAUCGGCACAAAGACUGCCAUCAAUGAAGCAGAGUUCCCGAAUUGGGAAGAGAUUCCUGGCAUGGAGCAAAUUGUUCGCGAAGCGCAGAGCUUGAGACCUCCUCGAGGGCUGAGGAACCUUGGCGACCUCUUCUAUUCAUCCCGGCCACAGGAGUUGGGAUGGGUGAGGACUGAAUGUGUCAUCGACACAAUUCAGGCAACAGCGUACCUGGGUCAAGCCAUCGUCUUUCUUUACAAGGCCAUCGACUACCAGAGCAUCAAGACUCCACUCAGGUGUUACGAUUUCUCCCCCAGUGGCUGCGCUGCCAGUGUGGCUGGCUUCGUGACAUCCCUCACUUGGGUCGCCACCUACCUCUCCUUUGCGGGGAAUGCUUGUGCCCAGGCGGUGAACUCGGACGCCAUUUGUGUUGGGGACUUCCUUGCCCUGAUGGCCAACUUUGGUGAGAUCGCUUCUGCCGGCGCCGCGGUAAAGGAUGAUUGCAAACCCGGCCUACGCAGCAACCUGGACCUCAUUACCAAUCGCCCGCGCGUCACUCACGACUGGGCGCAGUUCAUUCCAGCAGCAGCAGCCCCGACUGCCGAGCUGAUCGUUGCUGUCAGGCACAACCGAACUCUGAGCCGCAACCGUGCAUUUGACAUCACUCAGUGCGUCAUGGACGUGACCAACAUGCUCGUGUUCAUUGUCCGGGCAUUGCUGCAGGUCCAAUGCACCGACUUUGUGAAGGGUGUACUUCAAGGAUCAUGGGGCCUUUAG